UCUAAAUGGUAUCGUCCUUGACGGAGAGACGGCCACUAUUUGACAAAGUUGCAUUCGGUAGUUAGCUAGCUAGUUAGGUGUUGAAGUAAUACACGUAGAAAAUAUAUAUUUUGUAACAAUCGGGCCUUGCACGUGUACGCCAAGGGAUUAGAUUUUCGCGUGAACGAGAUGUCAACACCAGCGAGGCGACGUUUAAUGAGAGAUUUUAAAAGGCUGCAAGAAGAUCCUCCAGCUGGAGUUAGUGGGGCCCCAUCAGAAAACAAUAUCAUGGUAUGGAAUGCUGUCAUUUUUGGACCAGAGGGAACACCUUUUGAAGAUGGUACCUUCAAACUAACCAUUGAAUUCACAGAGGAAUAUCCAAAUAAACCUCCAACAGUGCGAUUUGUUUCCAAAAUGUUUCAUCCAAAUGUGUACGCAGAUGGGAGCAUAUGCUUAGAUAUACUUCAGAAUCGUUGGAGUCCAACUUAUGAUGUCUCUUCAAUCUUAACUUCAAUACAGUCUUUACUGGAUGAGCCAAACCCGAACAGUCCAGCAAACAGCCAAGCAGCCCAGCUCUACCAGGAAAACAAGCGAGAGUAUGAGAAGAGGGUUUCUGCUAUUGUUGAACAGAGCUGGCGUGACUGUUGACCCGUGUUAUUCUUCAGGUAUGAACCAUGUCCAGCCCAGAAUCAAGAAAGCACCGCUUAAGUAACCAGAUCUCACAGAAAUAAAGACACAUUUUUAAGUAUUCCCCCGUAUAUUUGUCCCAUAACUGUCGCUGAGUUUGUAUGCCGUUGUGUUGAGGCAUUCGUCAAGCCGAAUGCUGUUGUUGGACAAAAGCUUAUGUUUGUUAAAAGCUAGUGUACUGUUAUCUCUGGGUUACUUGCAAACAUGCCCCAACUCUGUUCUUAAAAGGUAAUAGCCAUUCUGUCACUUUUUUUCACAUGAAGUAAUCUGGCUGGAUGGUGGUGACAGUUAACUCGAUGUGCUUGCUGUGUGGUUUGCCGUGUAAAUGCCAACAGUUACUAUUUACAAAAACACAAGUUUUAUGUGGGUGUUUCUCUUUCAGUGGGCUCACAGCUUUUGGUUUUGUUUCUGCCUCUUUUUUUUCUUUUUUUUUU